AAGCAUUGGAAAACUUCAUCACUCUCUCUUUCUACCUUUCAUCUCUCCAAGAGGCCAAUGAGAGAGAAAGUCAGACUCUGUUCACCAAGCCCAAAAAACCUCCACAAACCAAAGUCAACGCCGAAAACCAAGAAGAAGAAGAGAAUCCAUUCUCUCUCUCUCUAGCCUCUCUUUCUCUCUCUAGACUUCCUCUCCCUCGGCUCCCGCGACCAUGUCCGCGCGCCCGCCUCCGCCGCCGCGCCCGCGCCUGGCGCUGCCGCCGCGCUCGGCCGCGGAGUCGCUCUUCACCGGCGCCGGCGACGCCAGCCCCGGCCCGCUCACGCUCGCCUCCGCACUCUUCCCCUCCGACGCCGAGGCCGCCGCCGGCGGGGGCCACGGUGGCUCCUCCGCCUCCGGACCGGCGAGCUUCACGCAGCUCCUCAUCGGCUCCCUUGGGCCGCCGGCUCCGCAACAGCAGCAGCAGCAUGAGGCGGAGAGGGGGAGAGGCGGGGUCGCGAGGGCUGGACCGGCGCUGUCGGUGGCGCCUCCGGCGUCCGCGGCUUCGGCGGCGUCCGUGUUCACGGUGCCCCCCGGCCUCAGCCCCUCCGGCCUGUUCGACUCCCCCGGUUUGCUCUUCUCGCCGGCCAUGGGGGGCUUUGGAAUGUCGCAUCAGCAGGCUCUGACUCAAGUUACAGCCCAAGCAAGCCAUUCUCCACUCAGAAUGUUCGAUCGCAUUGAACAACCGUCUUUUUCAGCAGCUGCAACAUCAUCUGAACCUCUACAUCAUAUGAAUUCUGCAGCCAAUAUGGCAGGAAUUUCAGAGAUGGCAAUGGUGACAGCAAACAACGAUAAUGCAUCCUUUCAAUCAGCUGAGGCGUCUCAGAGGUAUCAAGUUAAUGCCCCUGUUGAUAAACCCGCUGGUGAUGGCUAUAACUGGCGGAAAUAUGGUCAGAAGGUGGUGAAGGGCAGUGAUUGCCCGAGGAGCUAUUACAAAUGUACUCAUCCUAGUUGUCCGGUUAAGAAAAAAGUAGAACAUGCAGAAGAUGGUCAAAUAUCCGAGAUCAUCUACAAAGGCAAACACAAUCACCAACGUCCACCAAAUAAGCGGGCAAAAGACGGCAACUCUUCAGCUGCCGAGCAAAAUGAACAAUCUAAUGAUACCACAUCUGGCUUGUCAAGCGCUAAGAGAGAUCAAGAAGCUAUAUAUGGGAUGUCUGAACAAGUAUCUGGUUUAAGUGACGGAGAUGAUAUGGAUGAUGGUGAAUCAAGACCACAUGAAGUGGAUGAUGGUGAUACUGACAACAAAAGAAGAAAUAUACAAAUUUCUUCACAAAGGACUUUGUCAGAGCCUAAGAUUAUUGUGCAAACAACCAGUGAGGUUGAUCUUUUGGAUGACGGUUAUAGAUGGCGCAAGUAUGGGCAGAAGGUUGUCAAAGGAAACCCUCAUCCAAGGAGUUACUACAAGUGCACAUAUGCUGGGUGCAAUGUUAGGAAGCACAUUGAGAGAGCUUCCUCGGAUCCUAAGGCUGUCAUAACAACUUAUGAAGGAAAACAUAACCAUGAACCACCGGUUGGUAGGGGCAACAACCAGAAUGCAGGAAUGUCGGCUCUGUCAAACAGUUCACAACUGAAAGGGAAGAAUAGCAUGCCUAAUAAUCAAGCUUCACUUUCAAGAACAGACUUCAGCAACACUAACCAGAGGCCAAUUGGGAUCUUACAAUUCAAAAGGGAAGAAUAGUAACAUCCAUUUGACUCCCUUUGGAACCUUCCUGAUCACUGUUAUUUGAGUGAUGUUCUUCAGGCAAAUAUUGGAUGCCUGCAAUUCGUACAGUCACGGCAUCAAAGGUUCUUGAAGUUCGAUAUUUCAAUGGUAUCAGUUUGCAGUUUUACCACAUAGAUACACAGAAUAGCUGAUACAGAUCCAGCCUUUCUAGUUUAUACAUGUUAUUAAGUUGAAGCAUGCAAGUUGUAAUACCUGAUCUGUAGAUGUUAUCAAAGGUUCUUAAAGUUGAAGUAUAACGUAAGUGGAAGUUAUGCAUACUUGUUUAUGAUGUUCUGUAGAUGGGUCAAUCGUAUACAUGUUUAUUUUAUGAUUUUAUUCCCAACAAGAUCUUUUAUGUAUUGUAAUAAGAUUGAAAAGAGAAGUGGAUGUACAGAUGUUUUUCAUUUA